AUGCUUUUACAUAUUUGUGAUAAUCAUUGAACAGGUCUAACAUGGUGGAGGGAGAACCUGAUCGUUUCCGAUCGAGCUCAUAUUGUCUUUGGAUUCCAUCAGAAGAUUGAUGGAUUGUUGGAAGCCAUGAAGGGGCAUGGAAAACUUGGCACCACAAAGAAAGGAAUUGGACCAACGUACUCAAGUAAAGCAGGAAGAAUGGGGUUGCGAGUGUCCGAUCUUAUGGGAAGCCAGGAGGGGUUUGAGAAAAAGUUCCGAGCGUUGGCCGAAUUAUAUCAACAACAAUUUCCGGAUCUUGAAAUAAAUAUCGACGAGGAAUUGGAAAAUUAUAAAACGUACAAAGUUGAACUGCAGCCAAUGGUAAAGGACGUUGUUCAUUACAUGAAUGAACAAAUACAUUCAAACGAUAACAAAACCAUCUUAAUUGAGGGGGCAAAUGCAACUAUGCUUGAUAUCGACUUUGGCACCUAUCCUUAUGUAACGUCAUCAAACUGCACGGUGGGGGGCGUUUGCACAGGACUCGGCAUCCCCCCAUGCAGCGUGGGUGACGUCGUUGGUAUUGUAAAGGCUUACACGUCAAGAGUGGGGGCUGGACCUUUCCCAACAGAACAACUAAACGAGAUUGGUGAUACAUUACAAAAGGUAGGCCAUGAGUUUGGUGUGACAACUGGGAGACCACGCAGGUGUGGUUGGUUGGAUCUGGUUAUUGUUAAGUAUUCGCAUGUGCUGAAUAACCUUACAAGCGUUGCUAUCACAAAGCUCGAUAUCCUUGACGGAUUCGAUGAAAUAAAGAUUGGGGUCGCUUACAAACAUAACGGGAAACCUCUUCCGUUGUUUCCGGCGUCACUCGAGGUCCUCAGCGAGGUGGAGGUUGAUUACAUCACAAUGCCUGGUUGGGGAACCCCCACUUCAGAGUGUCGGAAAUAUGAAGACCUCCCAAAGAACGCAAAGAAAUAUCUUUCCACGAUACAAGAGAUACUGAACGUUUCAGUGAAAUGGGUUGGGGUCGGACAAUCGAGGUCGGCGAUCAUCAAGCUCUAGUGCGCCAUCUAGCAAAUUUUAGACAAGUUUUUACGUCGUUUUUAGAUUUCAACAUAAUACACAGAAAACCAUGGGUACACAACAUUGCCAAUCUAUAUUUUGCUUUUUUUGUAAACUUUUGACUCAAUUAUCAAUCCAUGAUUUUAAAAGUUGUGUCAAAUUUUUGAAAUUCUUCCUCCGUUUUCCAGCUACACAAUUAUGUAAAACUUACUCUACAAUAUUUUGCUGCUUGUUUAGUUACUCGCUUUAAACAAUUACUCAUAUAAAUUUUAAUUAUGACGUGUGAAUAACGUUUCUUAAUUCUGUAACACCAUUGUUACGUCAUUGAAAUAAAUUUUCCUAUGGAAU